UCGACAUGGCGGCGUCGCCAGCAGCUGUGGUCGUGCUGCUCUGCCUGUGGGCCGGCAACGGGGCAGGCGCGCCGCCACCCCUGCCGCCCAUCCAGUGUGCACUAGUCGACGGGGUGUGCCAGCCACCGGCCUUCUGCGUCAAGGCGGUGGUGAGGGUAGACUGCCAGCACCGCUGGGUGGAGGUGGGCGAAACCUGUCACAGCACGACUGCGCCCAGCGGUGGCGCAGACAGCGCGGGCCACUGUCGGCCGGGCUGGGUCAAGGUGGAUCGAUUCUGUCAUCCUCGUAAUCUCCGAGUGAAGAAGCCAGAAAGGGGCAACUGUGACCCAGGCUGGAUAGAGGCGGGCGGACUCUGCCACCCUGUUCAUGAUGGCUCUGAAACGGUCAGGAUGGGCGGCUCACAAUCUCACAGACGACCCAAGUGGAACGUGACCAUUGUCUUUCAUUGGUGGUGCCCCUUCGGGUUUACAAAAAUAGACGGUAUCUGCCGAUCUCUUCCCACACCACCAGAACCUCCCGAGGAUGCGACGGAAGUUCCUGAGCAGCAGCGUUACACGGACAAAAGCAUCACUGAACGAGAGCCGCCACACCAUGCAGCGGUGGUCGUGCCAUGCCCCCCAGACUCCGUAGAAAUAUCAGGACGCUGCCGACACAUUUACAGGCCACCGGGUCAGUACACAGGAGCGUUUGCCAGUACCUUUGACCAACUUCCGUCGAGACCCCCUGCCAAUAUCUUUGAUCGCAAGUGAGCUCAGAACAGGCGUGCUACAUAUCAACGGGCAUCCAUCUACACCGCGCCGUCGAUGGCUGUAGUUUGUAGUGUAGGCACGUGCACGAUCGGGUUUCAUAAAGAACAUGGACGAAAUCACAUACUUCUCCGUUUUAGAGCACUGUGUUUAAGUCUGUCAGAGGGAAACUGCGCAGGUCUGAUAACACUUUUGUUGCUUAUAUACGUCACGGAAUGGGUGUGUAUUGAGUUCUGUCUGAUGUGCCUAGCCAUUGUACAACAGUUUGUAGCGGCGAUCUUGUCUAGUUGAAAACGUUAUGUUUCGGAGUUAGCUGGAAUUUAGCCGGGUGAGUGACUGCCUGGGGGCGGAAGGCCUCCGGAUUUCAUAAGGUCUUUUGGAAUAGGUCGGUGGUCGCACUUCGUGUUUUGGAGCUGGGGCCCGGUUUUGCUUUGUAGUUAUGCUGCUUAUUAGUCCUUUCAACCAUAGUUUGCUUUGACUUUG